AAAGGUGGUUAUUUUAGCUUUUAGCUGAGUUUCAAAAGACUUUAUUACAGGUCAGCCUCACAUCUGGCUUUUCAUUACUGAACCACUUUUGGACUGAAGAUGCUUCACAGAUUUUGGUUCUGUUUGUGGAGUCUGGCUGGAGUUUUUGCUGAUUCAGACUCAAUGAAGUCAGUGAUGGAAGGAGAUUCAGUCUUUCUACAGACUCACAUUGAAUUACAGACAGAUAAUGUGAUUACAUGGGUAUUUAGACAUCCAGAGACGCUUAUAGCUCAAAUAAUUAAACGUACUGGAGUCUUCUCCACAUUUGAUGUUCUUGACGGGAGGUUCAGAGACAGACUGAUGCUGGAUCAUCAGACUGGAUCUCUGACCAUCACCAACGCCAGAAACACAGACUCUGGACUUUAUGAAGUGGACAUCAUCAGGGGCACGACAAGAGAGACCACACACAGAUUCAAUGUUAGCGUCUAUGGUGUGUUUCCUGAUUCAGUGAAGUCAGUGUCGGUGAUGGAGGGAGAGUCCGUCUCUCUACAGACUCACGCUGAACUAAAGACAAAUGAGCAGAUAACAUGGACAUUUGGACUUUCAAGAACUGAAAUAGCUGAAAUCAGUGAAAAAAUAAAAAUGUUCUCCACUUACGAUGUUCUCGACGGGAGGUUCAGAGACAGACUGAAGCUGGAUCAUCAGACUGGAUCUCUGACCAUCACCAACACCAGAAACACAGACUCUGGACUUUAUGAAGUGACCGUCGGCAGCAGAAAGAGCACGUACAGAUUCAAUCUUACCGUCUCUGACUCUUCUGUCAUUGGUUGUGAUUCUGCUGAAGCUGUGAUCCGAUUGGUCGUCUCCGCUCUGAUGGGCGUGGCUGCGGUCGCUGCGGUUGUUGUUCUGGUUUAUGACAUCAGAUCCAGAAGAGCUGAACUGGGUCCUUGCUGUGACAGAUCCUGUCUGUGUAUGUUUUGUUCAGGUGUGUUUGCUGAUUCAGUGAAGUCAGUGUCGGUGAUGGAGGGAGAGUCCGUCUCUCUACAGACUCACACUGAACUACAGGCGAGGGAUCUUGUAACGUGGACAUUCGGACACCCAGAGACUCUCAUAGCUCUAAUUGAUAAAGAGGAUGCAAGAUUCACCACAUAUGACGGAAGGUUCAGAGACAGACUGAAGCUGGAUUAUCAGACUGGAUCUCUGACCAUCACCAACACCAGAAACACAGACUCUGGACUUUAUGAAGUGAGCGUCGGCAGCAGAAAGAGCACGUACAGAUUCAAUCUUACCGUCUCUGGUGUGUUUCCUGAUUCAGUGAAGUCAGUGUCGGUGAUGGAGGGAGAGUCCGUCUCUCUACAGACUCACACUGAACUAAAGAAAAAUGAGCAGAUAACAUGGACAUUUGGACAGCCAGAGAUUUGUGUAGCUCAAAUCAAUAAAGACAACGGAAGACUCUCCACUUACGAUGUUCUCGGCGGGAGGUUCAGAGACAGACUGAAGCUGGAUUAUCAGACUGGAUCUCUGACCAUCACCAACACCAGAAACACAGACUCUGGACUUUAUCAAGUGACCGUCGGCAGCAGAAAGAGCACGUACAGAUUCAAUCUUACCGUCUCUGACUCUUCUGUCAUUGGUUGUGAUUCUGCUGAAGCUGUGAUCCGAUUGGUCGUCUCCGCUCUGAUGGGCGUGGCUGCGGUCGCUGCGGUUGUUGUUCUGGUUUAUGACAUCAGAUCCAGAAGAGCUGAACUGCAUGUUUCACCACAAGAAAAAUAGAAAUACUCGCUUCUUUAUUCCACUUCCUCAAGGACCAAAUCUGAACAGCUCAAAUCUUAAGACGUUCACAUGCACUCAGCGUUUGAUAUGAUCACAGAAGUAUUUCUUGUUCCUGGCACAGAUAUUCAAUAUGUUUGUAUUCACUGAUUGGGUUUAUAUGAAAAUUAAUGGGAAUAAAAUAUAAGACGGCACAGUUGUAUGCACAGAGAAACUCUGAAAUCUCUUUAGAGUAAUAAUGAUCAGCUUUUUUUGAGGAAGCUGUGGCUCACUGGAGCUCCAAGCGUUUUUAUGAUUUUGUUUCUUUCUUCAGAUGUAGU